AUGACAUGUGAAAGGGUCGUUCUGGCAGGGUCUCUCUUCGUCCCAAAGGACAAUGUGACAGAGCACUACGCUGGAUGGAAUGUCGUCGUCCAGGUGUCGUUCCGUUUGGAUUCAUCAACUGGUAUUGGUAUCUCUUCGAUGCGAGGCGUAGCAUUCCCCGUCAUGCAUGGCCUCGUCCUUGGUUUCUUCCUUCAUCUUGGUCAGUGCUCCCGUGAUAAAAGGUACCUGGUGUUGCACAGGGGUGCUAAUUUGCUGGCAGUGAAUACUGAGGGGAAUAUGCCCUAUGACAUGUGUGAAGAUGAUGCCACCCUUGAUUACAUUGAAUCAGAAAUGGCAAAGAGGGGUGUAACACAGCAACUCAUUGAAGAAACACGGAUGGCCACAGAAAUGAAUAUUCUUCAUUGUUAUGAUACAGAGGCUAUCUCCAUGAAUGUGAUGUGUAUCUACUUGCAGCUUGAUGUUCUGGAAUUACUGGUUCAUAAUGGUGCAGAUCUCAAUGCAAGGACCAAGACUGGUGAAACUCCUGUUGGUAAGCAUUGGUUGCCUUCAAGGCUUCUGCAGGAUAUAUGUGAAGAUUUGGAGAUGAGGGAUCGAAUCCUGCAGAUGAAGAAUGAGCAAGAGAAGGAAAUACUGAGGAGCCGGGAGAGGAAGUUGAAGAGAUCACAUUCCAGCAACACAAGAACUCAGUCAGUUCGAAGGCAUUCCAUACGUGACAAAGCUCAAACACCCCGCAAAGAGGCCAGGGAUGAAGCAAGAAUAAGACUUCAUCAAGCCUUCCAAGAAGCUGAAAAGGAAGAGGAAGUUACCAUGAAAGACCUGUAUGAGAAUCCACCAUUAGAGCUGGAGGAUGUCAAUGUUUGUGUUGUUCCUCCUUUUCCACAUCGGGGCACACGCGGUGAACUCUUCCUGGAUGAAGAAGAUUUUCCUUCAAAAACGUUUAAUUCUCGAAAGGACCUCAAUUCAACCCUUACUGAGAAGCCUGCACAACAUCCUCAGCAACAGGCAGUACAGUCACAACCAGUCAUUUCAAUUGAAGAGGAACGCUUACCAACCUUGGAUGUACAGAAGAAAGCUUCUAAGAAAGCUCUCCCAGACUGCGUGCUGGUCCCUUUCCUCAGCAUCAGCAGCAAGAAUUCUACGAUUGCGAUGAUUGACGUGAAUGUCCUGUGUGAAAAUCUUCUCGUCUGUAAAGAAGAUCACACCUGGCCGUCGCUUCAGCGCAUUGACAAGUCCGCAACACCUUGCAAGCCGAGCCUCUCGCUAUCCUGGAGUCACCAGCUGCCUCACAGGAAGUGCGUAGGACUUCAGGCCCAAAUCACAAGCUGUAUGCCUCAAAGUGAUGUCAGAUACGUAAAAUUCUUUGGCCAGCUGCCUGAUACUCUUGCUCGGAUUCUCAGCAACCGCUGCUGCCACUUCGGUCUUGACCUCUUCAGUUCGCUUCAGGUUGGGUGGCGCUCUUCCUUUUCUCCGAGUCUCUUGAUUGUCUCCGGCCUCCAUGACGCGGUAAACAGUGGAGCAAGACACACCGAAUGCCUCAGCGACGUCCUUAGCUGGCAUUCCAUUGUCUACUGCUCGCUUAAUGUGCCGCUUUACGUCCUCACUGAGAUCUGGGCCAGGCAUGUCAGAAAAUCCACAGCACCUGCCCCACCCUCAGCCCAAGUCCAUGUCCAACCCCAAGCGCAAGCUCAAGGGAUGUCUCAGUCACCCCCAGGUGUUGCUACCUCAUCCUCAUCUGAUGGGGUGAACUUGAAUGUCCAUGUUACUGUGACCCUGAGUACAAGUGGUAGUUCAUCUAGCUCCCCUCCCACUUCCUCUGGGUCUUUACCAAGUCCUGGGACUCUAGCCGAUUUAAAAAAGCAGCGUGCCUUAACUCGUACAUCUCAGCAUGGCUACGUCAAUUUCUCUGCAGAUUCUUCCCCAACCCUUUCUGGCCCAGCUAAUGGAACACUCCAGGUGGAUUAUCAGUCUCCCCCAAGUCCUAGUUCUCCUCGCAAGUUUGUCGGGUCACCCACUGAAGUUGUUGGCACUCCAGAAAAGAAGGGCUGCUGCAUCCUCAUGUAGCGGGAUCUCUCUGACUAAUUCAACUUUCUUCUCAUCUGAAGAGCAGUGGGGUGAUAGUGUGAUAGUGGAACAUCAUGGACACUCAUGGUUGAUCUGCUGUUGAGUUAUUUGAACUGAAUAUUUUGCAACUGACUAAUGGUGCUCCUGCAAUUGUUAUCCUAUUUGAAAAGCCCUGUUAACUUCUUUGUCUAAUGGGUAUACUGCAGAGUAGUUCUGUUGGCUGUUUGUUGACAAAAUGGCCAAACAUAUUGUUACACCUUCACUUUGAGCUAUGGCAUAGUGUUUUUUUCUAUGCUUUCUUGAAACAUUUGCAUCAAUGAUCUGUGAUAUGUGGAUGCCCAAAUUUUGAGGUGUGGAUGCAAUCCAAAAUGCUUUUGUAAACCAAAUGAUAGAUGAAACAAGAUUAAGCAAAAUUCAUUUGAAGUGGUUCACUAAUUCAGUUGCUCUUACACAGCUGGGAUUAAUAGGAUCCAAAGCCCUUAGAGUCAUAGCAGAAUUGAACAAUAGAUGAUAUUGAUUACUCUGCUUCAUUUUCUCAAUUCUUAUUUUUAAUAUAUUUUUCAAAACAUGAAAUCAGGGAAGCAAAUUAAAGCAAUACAGUAUUCAAACUGGGGAAGGUUUAUAUCUGAUUCCAUGUUUGUAUGUCAUUUUUACCGCUGACUUUUUCCCUUCCCA